AUGAAGGGUUUGAUUGUGAUCCUGACUUUGGCACUGGUUGCCAGCAACAUCACUGCUGUCCAUGGUCUUGCUAUGGAAGCCAUUGUAGCUCACAUGGGAAGAUGCAAAUGUUUGAAACAGACCUCAUCAGCCUUCAGCCCUAAAAAGAUUAAAUCCAUCCAGGUCAUUCCUCAUGGGAUUCACUGUCAAAGGACAGAAAUCAUUUUAACCCUGAAAAAUAAACGGAAGAUCUGUGUCCACCCUAAUGCUCCAUGGGUUCAAGAAGUUCUCAAAAAGGUGACAAAGAGCAAAUGACUCCAGAUGGACUUUACUCAAGACAGGAAAAUGUAUGAAAAAGUGGAAGAUGAAAUCAUCACAUCCGACUAUCA